AUGGACAUGCACAAGAUGAGGUCCAAUGGCCUAAUAUUCGCAUUUGCAAGCCAGGACAAGGAGUCUGUUGAUGCUCGUGCGGAUGAGGAGGAGGAAAAAAAUUGCUUCGAGAAGUCCUGUUUCAGGGGAUCUGCCAUUCCCGCAGACCGACAAAUUGAGAGCGCUCAGGAAGAAGACCAGAGGACUCGAUUAUUGCAGCUUUCGGGACAAGAGAUUGAAAAACAGAACAAUGUCAAUCAGCUUGAGGCAGUUUAUCGGCAGACGCAACAGGAAACACAGUGGCUGGAGGAGGACCGACAAAGGUUGCAAUCUGCGGUGGACAAGCUUACAGUUAAACACCGCCAGCUCACAGAGGAAGAGCAAGUAAAGACAGGAUUAUUGGUGGACGCGGAAAGGGAACGGAAAUCUGUCAUUGAUAAGCUGCAUGAGAAGGAGCUUGAACUCAGGCAGAACAUCGACCACCUCGAGACAUGCCUGCGGCGACUUCAAACGAAGAUUGAUGACGCCAAAGAGGAUGAGAAGGAGUUGCAGUUGAGGAUUGAGCACCUAAACGCUAUUGGAGGUGAGAUAAUGGACAAUGGUGGAGGGCAGGAAGGGCCAAAUGAGUCCCAGGUAGAGGGGCACCAGAUCGAGAGAGUUGAAUUGGGAACGAUGGUUAGGCGAGUGCUCAACGUGGAUGACGAGCCAGCAUUAGAAGAAUCCAAUGCACCAAGCCCUUCCCUUCCAGGGCCCUCCUCGCCCAGUGGGGCAAUGAUUCUGAGGGAACGGCCAGAGUCAGUCGAAGAAGUGAGUAUAAAAUUCAAGGUUUUCGAGAAUGGACAUUGGAAGGUAAAGCAUGAGAUGAUGGUAGACCCGCGGGAACCAUCCGAGGUCAUGAGAGUGGCUAUCAAGUAUAUGCGCAAGAAAUUCGGGUUGUUCAAUAGCAAUAGUAAAGUGCUCACGCCAGAGACGUGUUUUGAGCGAGUCACAUCUGACGGCACAUAUAGUAUUCACUUGAUUCCGGCAUGGACACUUGACAGCAAAGAACGUAGAAAAGACGCGAAGCCUCGCAAGCGUAUUAGAUGA